UCAUUGAGGAAGGGGAGGGAUCAAUUCAGUGAAUGAGAGGCGAUGACGUCACCAAUGCAACGCCAUGCACGGUCUGCCUCAGCUGCUGUUGGGUCAGCAAGUGGGAAGAAGCUGUUACAUUCAAAAGCUGCGGCUCAGAGGCUGGCGAAUGUGAUGGCGGCGGUUGAUGACAGUGAUGAGGAGGACGAUUUUGUUUUGGAGAGUGCCCCUAGCAUUGGUAUUGGUGGUAGAGGGAGAGCAGCUAGGCCUAGCUCCCCGAUGGCUAUGCCAGCUCGAACACAUACCGCAGAUCCACAAGCAAGACCAUCAGGCACCUGGGCCUCUCUACCUGGAAAAAAAGAUGACCUGCAAUCUCUAAAGAAAAAUUCUUUAGCAGCAAAUAGAGAACACCAAUCCUUUGACUUUGCUGAACGGCCAUCAUCUUUAGCAGGCAUUCGCGCUUCUCAACGUGUAAAAGAUGCUGAAGAACAGCCUCCAUCUUCUCAUGUAUCAGUAGGCAGUCGUGCAUCACAAAAAUUCAGUGCUGACCAACGACAGUCUUCAGUAGGCAGCCGAACACCUAAAUCUCUCAACUAUUUUGAGAAACAAGCAUCACCAAUGGCAAACAGCCGCAUACAAUCAUCCAAUGCUGAACAACCUCAUUCAACCCGCUCUUCAUUCUCUUCGCGUACUUCUCAAUCCCCCAGGUCUGGGGAUCAAGUUCACGCUCCAUUAGCUCGUUCUGGUUCUGGUAUACGUUCACCCCGUUCUGUUAGCUCUUUAGAUCAACACUUAUCAGCCGUUCGUCCCAGUUUAAGAGUCAAGGCAGUUCAAAUGGUGCCCCACAUUGUACCUUUGAAACUAAGACCAAGCAUUUCAGGAAUUCCUGGAGAGAGUCCGCGAAGAGAAAAAAAGUUGUCUAUAGAUUUGGGUAGUAUGAAAUUACGAGAUCCUGGCAACCAGAAUUCAGCUUCUGAUUUACAAGAUGAGGUUGACAUAUUACAGGAAGAAAACGAACAUUUACUCGAAAAGCUUCGACGAGCAGAAUCGAGGUUUAGGGAUUCAGAUAUGAGGACAAGAGCGCUGGAAAAACAGGUUUCAUGUCUCGGUGAAGGUGUAUCUAUGGAAAAACUUCUCUUGAGCAGGAAGCAGGCAGACCUGCAUGAAAGGGAGGCUGCCCUGAAAGCUGUAGAACAGACAUUUGGUGGAAAAGGUGAAGAGAUCGUCUUACUUAGGAUGGAAUCCGAGUCUGCCAGGGAGGAAGCAACAUCUGUAAUGAAGCAGCUUGAAAAUGCCACAAAAGAACUUACUUCACUUCAAAUCAUGACUAAAAGAAUGAUACUUAGUCCAGAAGAGAUGGAAGAGGUUGUUAUGAAGAGGUGUUGGCUAGCUCAGCAAUGGAGCUUGUGUGUUCGUCAUGGUGUUCAUUCGGACAUAGCUUCCGCGAGAUAUGAUUACUGGUCGUCAUUUGCCCGCCGUCCUUCAGAAGUUGUAUUAGCUGCUGGAGAGAGAGCUAAAGUUGAAAAUUUUUCAGGUAAAAUUAAUCUGCACAAAAAAGGCAACAUUGAGGACAUGCUAAUGGUGGAGAGAGGGCUUCGGGAACUUACUUUACUCAAGGUAGAAAGUGCUUUGGUUGUUGCAAUGGCUCACAAAAGACGCCAAAGAUCGUCAAAAUCUGGUGUAACAGAUAAACUGAAGCUACCAAUUGAUUGUCAAUAUUCUACGGAAACAUUUGAUUUGAGCAAGGAAGAGUCCGAUGAUGUGCGUUUUAAGCAGGCUUGGCUUCUAUAUUUUUGGAGAAGAGUCAAAAACCAUGGAUUAGAACCGGAGAUCGCUGAAGAGCGUGUGAAAUUCUGGAUCAGCCAAAGCACUCAACAGGCAACUUCACAGGAAGCAGUUAACGUUGAGCGUGGUUUUUCAGAGCUUAGAAAACUGGACAUUGAAGCAAAGUUGUGGAAAGAAUCUCGAAAAAUUGUUGAAGAUUAACACAGACUUAAAUUCAUAUUAUCCAAAAUAAUUUUGUUUAUGCACUAGAUAGAAAUACGUCAGAUGUACUUUAUACAUAAUAUUAUCCUUAUAUAUAAUAAGGAACUUUUUAAUUUUGCUGGUUGGUACUGUAUUUGA